AUGUCUUCCACCAAGCGCAUCACAAAGGAAUUCGCCGAAAUUUCCCAAGAACCCCCCGAGGGCUUCACCGUCUCCCUCCCCCCCAACGAGUCCAUCCACACCUGGCACGUCACCCUCCAGCCCCCUCCCUCGACGCCCUACCACCCAGGCCGCUUCGGCAUCGUGCUCUCCCUGCCCACCGACUACCCCUUCAAGCCCCCCGUCGUCAAGUUCUCCACACGCAUCUACCACCCCAACGUCACAAACGACUCUCUCGGCAACAUCUGCCUCGGCCUCCUCAAGCCCGACGCUUGGAAACCCAGCACAAAGAUCCGCGCCGUUCUCGAGGCCCUCGCCAAUCUUCUCGAGGAGCCUCAGCUUGAUAGCCCGCUCGAGGAGCGCAUUGCCCAGCAGUACCAGUCCGAGCGGGAGGCUUUUGACAAGACUGCCAAGCAGCAGGUUGAGAGGUAUGCCAUGGGGGAGCCCGUGUUUCCGCCCGUUGUGUGA